AUGUCUUCCAGCACUACCUUCCCCAAGUUCGAGGUUGAUAUCAAGGACCUCUGGACUACACGCGAAGAAGAGGCCAAUGUGGCCAAAUUCGAGCGAUGGUAUAAGAACCUUAAGACCAGAUCCGCAGCUCGAGAGAUCGCAGCCAAGAGCAAGUCGUUCCGCUUCCUGGAUCUUCCACCAGAGCUACGCAACCGCGUCUAUGCCUUUGCGUUUCAGAACAUGAAGAACUUCGGGAAGCGGCAGAAUCUGGCCCUCGUUGCAUUACCAACUAUCACUCGAGUCUCUAGGCAAAUCCGCCAGGAGACAUUGCCACUGUUCUUCGCAACUACCCACUUCAGACUCGUCGUGGCUUCGGACUUCAACAACCGCUUCGAUCCCGAUGCUGAAUACAAGUCGACGAUUGAAAUCCAGAAUGCGGGAACAACUCACAUCAAACAGAAAGUUAAGAAGACCCUGCGACUUGCAGGAAACAAGGCUCUCAUCCGCAACAUCAAUCUCGUCGUCUGCGAUGCCCGUGAUUGGAGACGUUCGGGCCAGGGCCAGGGGAACUGGGGUGGGUAUGACGGCUUGUUCACAGCGUUCUCCGCCGAGAUCAGACUCGGGCAAGGCAAUCUUGUCGUGAACAUGAGUCGUGGCAUGGGCGCCAGGGACUGGGCGGAGCUGUCUGACACCAUUGACGAUGUGAUGGCCGAUACGAAGGCUGCCAUCGAAAAUGUUGCAGGCAAAGAGAAUUUCCAAGGGUUCUCUCUGCGCGAUCUUGAGCAGAUUGUCAAGACACUUCGUUGUUAUCAGAAGUCGUAG